AUGGUGCAUCUCGAGAUGAUCGAUGUGUCAUCAUACCCUGAUGCCUUAACCAUAAAUGAUCUGCCAAACGAAUUACUUAUAUAUAUUUUUUCAAUGAUUGAUUUCGAAUCACUCUUGGCAGUGGCUAAAGUAUGCAUGAGAUGGCAGCAACUAUGCUUGACUCCUUGCAUAUGGGACAACACACGCCUCAUUGUAUGCAUGAAGAAUUAUGUGAGAAUAAGUGAUAGCAUUGUGCCUUUUGUGGCUAAAUAUCUAAAAAAUGUCAAGUUGCAGUAUUUUAAAUUGUAUUCACAAGUGAGGUCUUCCCUUAUAAGCUAUUGUCCAAAUUUGACUCACCUAGAAAUAAGCAUAUCUCAAGUUGACAGUUGUAUUUUUGAUGAUUUAGGGCAUUGGCCUAAUUUGAAAUUUCUUAGUUUCCGUAAUUCCCUGAUAGUACAAAAUGCUGAAAAUUCAAAUGGGAAUUUUGUUUAUCACCUGCCAUUUGAAAAAUUAAAGUAUCUGGAGACACUGAUUUUAUCCAAUUUUGCAUUGACCCAUGGUAGUUUGUACAGUAUGUUACAAUGUGUGAAUUUAGUGAGUAUAAACAUGGAAAAAAUGAAGAAUAUACCAGCAGACUUCCUCGAAUCUCUGCUGAGGACAAAGCAAAACACUUUGAGGGCACUGCACAUUUAUGGUGAUACAUUGAACGAUGACAUUAUUGCAUCAAUAUCUAAAUGUAAAACAUUGCAAGUGUUACACAUAAUGACGUGUAAAACAUUGUUUGACUCAAGUUUGUUGCACUUCUAUCGAUUAAAGAAUUUACGAUCAUUAAAAUUACGCCAUGGAUACUUCUCAACAAAUGCAUUACUUGCAUAUUUUUCAAACAAUAUAUUCCAGCAUCUAACAUAUUUAAGUCUCUCUAGAUGUCACCAUGUGACUAUGCAAGUAGCUAAAGUUAUAAAGUCCAGUGCCCCAAAUUUGAAGGAAUUAUCGUUCUAUCUAUGCCCAUUUAUAAUAGCUCCAGACUUUAAAAGAGGAGAAUUACAGAAAAUGUUUAAAAUAGAAUUAUUACUAGACUAAAUAAAACAGUCCAUAUUUGACAUAAGCAGCUUAGAUAUCCGUCCCCAUCUACAGUAAAUUUACAAAAUUAAAUGAUUAGUCGUACUUUUAGAGUCAAUUUUAUAAGUAUUAUAAUAAAAUAAAAAAUUAAUUCAAGUAUUAAAAAUGUAAAUUUGUUAUACAAGGUCACAUUGAUUUCAUUCGUUAAUUAAUAUAAAGAAUUAGCAUUUGAAUUGAGUCAAAAUGUAAAUCUGUUUGCAUUGUUAUAAAAAAUCCUAAUUGUAUUUUUUUAAAUAAGUUAUAAAAGUAUAUAGAAUGCCGAGAUGUGCAAUAUUUAUGCAUGUGUCAUAAUAAUAGUAUUUAAGGAUUGACAUUCACUAAGUGCAUGUAUGUUGUAGUAAAAUUAUUGUAAUUUAUUUUUAAAUAACACUAAUACAUAUAAUAAAAUCCAUAUUUCAGUAUUUGAAAAUAAUGAGUAUUGAGGAUAUGUUAGAAAAAUAAAUUAGGAUCACACCAUGGUCCAAUAGUUCACGUCCAUACCAUGGUCGUCUUUCUCCAUAAUUACAUUUUUCACAGAUCAUUGUAAAUCUAUUGCAGGUUUGACCAAACUUUAGUAUGAAGUAAAAUUAUAGUGGUAUUUCAAUAAAUUUACAUGUCUUUGGUUCUCUUCCGUGAUAAAUAUUGUAGUCAAUGAAAAUUCAUGUGCCUUACAAAGGAAACAAGAAAUUUUUUAUUGUAUUUAUAUAUAAAAUGUUCAACUCACUUUCACUUUAUCGACGUUUUUAGGAUAAAGAAAAAUAGCAUUGGACAGUUAUGCAGAAGUAUAUUGCCAGAGUAGCAUGUAUAUUAAAACAAACUAAAAUUUUAAAAAUGGGCUGCAUUUUUUUUCAUGUGGAACUUGAUAUACAACAGAACAUAGUUACGGGACGUAUAUGUCAUGUAUAUAGGCCUAAUACCAUAAAAUUUUUGCUAAUUACUGUAGUCUACAUGAAGUGUAAUUUUUUUUUUUUGUAUAGCAAAAACUUUUCUACAUAGGUAUACUUUUACCAUAAAUUAUUUUUUUUUUUUUUUUGUAAUAGCAAUGAUGCAGUUGACUGUUAUAAAAAAUCGAAUUUAACAGUAUGUACCUCUUAUAUUUAUGUUAAUUAUCACAAGUUUUGCUUGUGUUCAAAAUUAUAAACUCACUCGAAUUAUUUUGUCUGAUCAGUAUCAAAUUAUGUUUGUAAGUUUUUUUAUAAGAUAUUUGUGAUUUAAGUUAUUCUGGUAUAAACAUUGUAUGUUAUUGUUUUACGAAUUGACCUCAGUAUUUUAUUUAUUUUACAUUAAGUACAUAUGAUAGUUUUAUCAAACGAAACGAAAACAAUUUAAAGUCACUCAUUUGAUAGUUCUUAUUAAAAUUGAGUGUCUACUUAACUUGUGUGUAUAAAAUGUAUUUCUAUACUUAAUUUGUUUGUGCUGUUAUUAUAGUACACACAAUAAAGUCAAACUACAAACAA